AGCUUUUCCUUCACACUGCUAUUGGCCUUUCAAACACUCAUAUUUAGUUAACUUGUAAUAGUAUUCAAUCAACACUGGAAUUGAUUUUGGAUUGAAUAUUUAUAGUCUAUAGCUGAAGCAGAAGACAUGAUUGACGAAGUGAAACGGGAGAGAAACGAUCAGUGGAUGUCAUAUUACUCCAAUGAGGUUUACUAUGGGUCGGACAGCCUGUCAUUAAGGCCCAGAGGAUUUGCCCCUCCAGAGCAUCACUUCCAGAGUUAUGGUCCCCAGACUGAUUCAGCAGCUGGGGGAGACACAAGCAGGCUUGGUAGUCCGGUCGGCAUGCUGCCUCCGCCGAACCCCAAAGGAUAUAAUGAGGGCGAAUCCAGUGACUCAGAGUUUCCAGCCCUGAAAUCAGUUUACAGGCGGACCUUAAGCCAUGCCAAGCCACCUUAUUCCUACAUAUCUCUUAUUUGCAUGGCUAUCCAGCAGUCACCGUCAAAAAGGCUGACUCUGAAUGAGAUUUACGACUGGAUAAGGCAACUUUUUCCAUAUUAUAGACAAAAUCAACAGCGGUGGCAGAACUCCAUCCGUCACUCCCUCUCGUUCAACGACUGCUUCGUGCGCGUACCAAGAUCUCCAGACUCGCCAGGAAAAGGGUCAUACUGGGCGCUACACCCAGAUUCAGGUAACAUGUUUGAGAACGGCUGCUAUAUGCGUCGCCAGAAACGCUUUAAGUGUCAGAAGUCGACCCCACCGACAACCGGCAAAAAUGCUUUGAAGAAGUCAGACGGAGAAGUUGCGAAAGAGGAAGGGAAGAGAAAGAAGGUGGAAACAAAGUCAUCAGCCUCCUGCAAGUCGCCUGCACCGCCGAUCGACUCCACGCCACUGCAUUCAAGCGUACCAGCUUCCUAUCCUGUCCCCAAAGCACCUUCUCCACCUCAUCUUCCUCAGCAUCUAACUCAAUCACACACGCCAUUCCAUCCCCAGCCUACAGAGAUCACAACACACCUGCCUCCUCUAAGUGUACCUUUCCCAACAAUGCCCGCCUCCAGCCCAUUGCCCUCUAACUCUAUGGAAAGCAGCUUGCACAGCGAGGCAGCCAUUCAACACCCCAUCUCUGUCCCACGACUUAUGGACUUUCAGUACUGCGAGUCCCCUGUGAGUUAUCCAGUUUACUCAAAUUCCCAUCCUCACAACCUCGGCUAUUACAGAGGAAGAGAGGAGUCCUCAUAUGUUGGAGACUCUAUGUAUUACUCUGGAUUUAGUAUGUGUCCUGCCCCUCUUCUGAGUUCCACCUGAUCAACUAAAUGCUGUGGGGAUAUUAUAGGCUGAUAAUACAGUAAAAGCUUUGCCUGCAUUUAGAUACUUAUAUUUUGUUGUAUAUAGUAGUUGAAGGAAGUCCGUAGCUGGACAAGUAUCUGUUAUACAGUAUGAUGCUAAAGAAUUUCUUUCAUUUUAUUCAAAUGUUUUGGAUAAUUUUGAUUUGGAGGUCUUAUAAUAUGUUGUCUUUUUUCAAGCUAUAAAUCUUAAGUAAAAUUUUACAUAUCUAAAAACCUUUGCGUUUGUGUAAUGUGGUUUUAUUUAUUUCUUAAAUUCCUCAAGAAAGAAGAAUCAGGCAUUGUCCUGCUCACAUUGUGAAAGAUAAACAUAUCUUCCUGGCUUGACAUUCCUCACACUAACCUGAACAAGACAACCACACAGAAAACUAGUUUAACAUCACCCUUAGGAACCAUCAAUAAAAAUGGACAUUAGAGAAUAGUACAAAACUCCAGGGAAAACACAGAUAGAGUAUUUUUUGUGAUUAACUGUUUUUACAUAAAAUCAUCAUUACUGCAUAUUGUAAAAAAAAAACAUUAUGUGAAAAUAACCUUGAUAUCUUUCAU